CCACCGGAGGAAGCCGAGGCAGACGGCAGGCAAGCAGUCAGCAGUCGCGAGUUACCAGUCUAUCAGUCAGUCACCAAGUCAUUCUCACAAUCAAAGCAUGAGUAACGUCACAACUCGUGCAGAACCAAAACCAGAGAGACCCCCGUGGAAGACCCAAUGCCGAACCACCGUGCUCCCUGUGAUUGUGACGGUGAUGGUGGCUGGGCUGAUGCUCGAAGUCUGCAUCAUGGUGGAGCGACUACUGACGGAGGAGCACGAGUCAACCUUCAACAUGACGCCUCCUGAAACGGUGGACUCCCUUGGGGAGAUGCGCACUGUGGGGCCUGGGAUUCGCUGGCCCCUGCUGCUGCUGUUGACCACUGUGCUUACGCUGUCGGUGUGCGUGGCCCUGCUGGUGUGGUCCCUCUCCAGGCAGCGAGCAUCGACUGUCACCGGGCCCUUACUGCCUCGCCGAGUGACACCGUGCGGGCCUCUCCGACCCCAGACACUCCGGCCCCCAGUGAAGCCUUCCGUCAGCUCCAGCCCAGCACUUUUGUCCCCACCUGCCCUCCCACGCCUGCCCUCCGCCACGCCCGUGCAUCCUACCAUCGUGCGCGUGAAGGAGCAGCGGGAGGAGGGCGUGUUCAGGCUGUCAGUGUAGGAGCGGGUGUGUGUUUGUCUUGUGGUGAUGGAACAGCGUGAAGUAAUGGUGUGAAUAAACAUUGGGAGUUAUGUAA